GCUCUGCGCCUGCGCCGACUUUCCCGCAGGCUCAGCGGCUGCGGCGAGUUUGUCCCGCAUCCGCCAGUACGCGACCUGUCGGCCCGGAGCUGGCCGCCGCGAGGGACCUGUUGCUUGAUAGCUUUCAGUUGCUGUUGUCACCCUUCCAAGUGUCUUUCGUCUAGCCUUGUUCCAGGCUCGUCACCGGCUUAUCAUGGCUUCCAGUCAUACUGUGUUGAUGCGGCUGGUGGCCUCAGCGUAUUCUGUUGCUCAAAAGGCAGGAACCAUAGUCAGAUGUGUUCUUGCUGAAGGAGACCUGGGUAUUGUGGAGAAGACCUGCCCCACAGACCUGCAGACCAAAGCUGACCGAUUGGCACAGAUGAGCAUAUGCUCUUCACUGGCACGGAAAUUCCCCAAACUAACAAUUAUAGGGGAAGAGGAUCUGCCUUCUGAAGAAGUAGAUCAAGAGCUGAUUGAAGAUGGUCAGUGGGAGGAGAUACUGAAGCAGCCGUGCCCAUCACAGUAUAGCGCCAUUAAAGAGGAAGAUCUUGUGGUCUGGGUUGACCCUCUGGAUGGGACCAAGGAAUAUACUGAAGGUCUUCUUGACAAUGUGACUGUUCUUAUUGGAAUUGCUUACGAAGGAAAAGCCAUAGCAGGAGUCAUUAAUCAGCCAUAUUACAACUACCAGAACAAUGAAAAGCAGAAGUUAAGGGAACACGGGAAUGAAGCAAAGGCAGGACCAGAUGCCGUGUUGGGGAGGACAAUCUGGGGAGUUUUAGGUUUAGGUGCCUUUGGGUUUCAGCUGAAAGAGGCGCCUGCUGGAAAACACAUCAUCACGACCACCCGGUCCCAUGGCAGCAAGCUGGUGAUGGACUGUGUGACGGCCAUGAACCCGGACGAUGUGCUACGAGUGGGAGGAGCAGGAAAUAAGAUUAUUCAGCUGAUUGAAGGCAAAGCCUCUGCUUAUGUAUUUGCAAGUCCUGGAUGUAAGAAAUGGGAUACUUGUGCUCCAGAAGUUAUUUUACAUGCUGUGGGAGGCAAGUUAACCGAUAUCCAUGGAAAUGCCCUUCAGUAUAACAAGGAGGUGAAGCAUAUGAACUCAGCAGGCGUCCUGGCCACACUGCGCAAUCACAACUACUAUGCAAGUCGAGUUCCAGAAUCUGUUAAAAGUGCCCUUGUUCCUUAAACGAAAAUCUCUUGGACUUAGCUAGGAGAAGAACUUGAUUCUCAGAGUAAUACACUUUAAUUAGAUGGAAUUAGAGUUCCACAUUUUAUUCAUUGUUGAUCAGUGAUUUAUACUUACUUAGGAGUAGAAAAAGGAAUGAAAGAAUUUCUUGAUUAAUUAAUCCCCCAGACCAAUUGUGACAUAUGAAGGGUUUAUAAAGUAAGUGUGUUAAUGGUUCCUUUCCUCCUUGUGUUUGGAUAAAUGAAAGGAAGGCUUAAUUUCAACUCCCUUUUCUGAUCAGUUGUGUAAUCAACAUUCCUGUUAGUGUGAACAAGAUUUCCUUAGGGCCCAGAACCACAGGUUGUUACCUGAAUCUCAUUCUUUUUCACAGUGAUUUUAAAAGUUUUCCUUACUCCAGUGAUGAAUACACUAAAAUGUCAUGUAUGUGGAUGAAACAGAUUUAUGAGAAAAAAUUCUUUGUAAUAAAUUAAGUUAUUUAAUUCUA